GGUAAAUCUCUCGACAGCAAAAUGCAUCAACUUCAGCAGCAGCAGCGUGUUGCCAGCGGGAAGGCUUGCGGGACGCCUCAGCUGCUGCCUUCGGGCUUUGGGCGUCGCUGCUUGGCUUCCCAGCUUGCAGCGAGAUGUCAAAACUCAGUUAAAAUUACCCGACGCGGCCUUGAUUUCCGCGCACGCGCGACCGAGGAGUCAGUUGCAGUUGAAGUAACGCCAUUGGCGUCAACCAGCGCGACUGUCGAGGAUUCUGACAAUUGGGUGCCUGUUUGCCGUCCAGAAGACCUUCCGAAGGGUGUUCGAAAGGAGGUUGAUGUUGACGGGCGACAAGUCCUACUUUUCUGGUAUCGCAAUGAAAUCUAUUGCAUUGAGGCACGAUCACCAGCAGAGGGAGCGUACAGUGAAGGCUUCAUUCGGGCAAAGUUUACGCAGGACUACUGCAUCGAGUGCCCCUCGACUGGGAGCCUCUUCUCGCUGAAGGACGGCUCCAUCGUGUCAUGGUACCCCGGAAACCCGGUACUCCGGGUCCUGACCCCGGCGUCUUACUGCCGGCCUAUGGAGAUCUACCCCGUCAAGCUGACCCAGGAGGCCAUCUACGUGGACGUGUCUGGGGGCUCGCUUGGCGGUGUGCGUACGGCACGUGGCCGGGGCGGCGCUGGGACCUCCGUUGAAAACAACAACGUCUUCACCGUCCAGCCAACCGUCUAUUUUGAGGGCAUGGACCCAACCAAGGAAUCCGCCAGCGUUUAUGCGGAUGUGUCCGGCGGGGCCGAGGAGUUCAACCCCGUGGUGCUGAUCACGGGAAUUGUGGCGGUUGGCAUGACGGCGGUUGCGGGUACGGCAUUCGCGAUCUACUACGAGAACCUGACGGCGCUCAUUGCGUUCUGGGUGGUGUUCGGACUGACGGUUGGCGUGGCGGGGUUCAACUACGUGAACAAGCGGUUCAAGGGGGAUGCGUGAGCGGUUGGUGAGGAAGGAGGGCGAGUGGUGAAGCGGAGAGGGCAGACACGGGAGUGUGUAUUUUUUGGAAGCCCCCGUGUGCUGUCGUACGGUGUACCGAGGGGGCAGGCACGUACCGGUAUGUUUUGGAGGCCUGACAGUAUUCGUUUGUUGUGCAGGGAAGCAUGCAGGAGGGUAUAUUUGAGUGGAUGGUCUGUGUGUGGGAGAGAGUGAGGACCGUCUCGAAGGCGGUGUAGCAAAGAAGGCGGUAUAGGAUACAAAGUGGCGUGGAACAUCUGGAGAAGAUAACUAUACUGGUUUGCACGUGUGCCUCUGUCAAGAGUUGGCGGUGUACUGUCUCAGGCGCAGUGCAAGGUGGAAAGAUUUAUGUGGUGUUACGCAUUUACCUGCUUUUGCAUGUCCUGUAAUGUUGGCUAAGGGUUUCAACCGGGUUAACUGUUCGUAUGUAGUCUUCCUGCAUGAGGGUGAUAAGUGUACCGUUCACGCGUGCAAGACUGAAUACUUUAAGCGUUGCUCUGGAGGAAAUGUAACAACGGAGGAAAAUCCCGUCCGGGUGAACCGCUGGUUAGGGUUGGCUGAAAGGUAAAAUACAUGACGGGUGGUACUUGCGAAGUGUAUUGGAGGUUUCGGGGCGUCAUUAUCAAUUAGAAAUGCGGUGGAUUGUACACGGUGGGCUUUACCGGG